AUGGCUAAUCUGUCUUGGGUCUCGCUGAUUUUGUUUCUGGCGACGACAGCUCUCAUGUCGGGUACAGGAUCGACGGAUUUGACGAACUAUCAAUCCGCUGGAUACACUAUCAACAUUACUCUGGGUAACGCGCCACAGCCUGUCACGGUCCUCCUGGUAACCGGCUUCGAAGACCAAUUAUGGGUGAAUCCUCAGUGCUCCGGGGUAGCCCGACCGGGGUCAAGCGCCAAGCCCAAUUACCUGCUACCCGCAGGUGGCGAGUUUGCCGAUCCCAAGUACUGCGAACAAUUCGGCAUCUACAACAAGACCAAUUCGAAUACCGUCUCUAAGGAAUCUGGCGGGACGGGCCAGAUCGAAUACGGUCUAAUCGCUAAUAUAUCUUACAGAGCCUACCGGGAUGACCUAACUUGGGCUGGUGCGUGCGAUCUAAUUUUGUCCGGCCUCACCGUGCGCCAUGUGAACUUUGGCGUCGCCGAGGAGUCCAGUGGCGUUGCCAUUGGCGUUAUGGACGUGGGCCUUUCAGCCGAUGGAUACAAUGCCACCCGCAUCCCCGGCUACCAGUCGAUCAUCGGCGACAUGGCGAGUCAGGGGCUGACCAACAGUCGGGCGUUCAGUCUCAGCUUAAGAGACUAGGACGGCCCCACAG